GAAGAACCCAGCGCCGUACAUGUUAGCAUCUCAGCUAACAAACCGGCUAUUAUAGACUAGCGAGUACAUUUUAGAUAAAUCGACUGCGUGUAUAUUUCUCAGUUAAAGCCCUCACCAUGACGACGGGUGCUGAUGUGAGGGAUAUUCUGGAGCUGACAGGAGGUGACAAUGAGUCAGGACCCAUCAGUAAGAAAGACAUCAUCAACUCAGACAAGAAAAAAGCAAAGAAAGUGACAGAGACUUUGACGUUUAAGCGACCAGAAGGAAUGCACAGAGAAGUUUAUGCUUUACUCUAUUCAGACAAAAAUAGAGAUGCCCCUCCGCUAAUGCCAAGUGAUACCACGCAGGGCUACCGGACGGUCAAGGCUCAACUGGGCUGUAAGAAGGUACGGCCCUGGAAGUGGAUGCCAUUUUCUAAUCCAGCCAGGAAAGAUGGAGCUAUUUUCCAUCACUGGAGACGUGCGGCAGAGGAGGGAAAGGACUACCCAUUUUCUCGCUUUAACAAGACUGUUCAGGUGCCUGUGUACUCGGAGCAGGAGUAUCAGAUGUAUCUCCAUGAUGACGGAUGGACGAAAGCUGAAACGGAUCAUCUGUUUGACUUAUGCAAGCGUUUCGACCUGCGAUUCGUUGUUAUUCAUGACCGCUACGAUCACCAGCAAUACAGAAAACGAUCUGUUGAGGAUCUCAAGGAACGUUAUUACAACAUUUGUGGGAAGUUAACAAAGGUUCGGGCAGGGGCAGGGACAGGGACCGAGCCAAAGAUCUAUAUAUUUGACGCUGGUCAUGAGAGACGCAGAAAAGAGCAGCUAGACAGGUUAUUUAACCGCACUCCUGAGCAGGUGACAGAAGAAGAGUAUCUGAUCCAGGAGCUGAGGAAGAUUGAGAACCGCAAAAAGGAGCGUGAGAAGAAGGCCCAGGACCUUCAGAAGCUCAUAACAGCUGCUGACACAAACACAGAAAUGCGUAGAGCUGAACGCAAAGCCACCAAGAAGAAGUUGCCGCAAAAACGAGAGACAGAGAAAACGACUGUUCCUGAAACUGCAGGCAUUAAAUUCCCCGACUUCAAAUCUGCUGGUGUUUCACUACGAAGCCAGAGAAUGAAGCUGCCCAGUUCAGUUGGACAAAAGAAAAUAAAAGCAAUUGAACAGAUCUUGACAGAGCAAGGAGUUGAUCUUAACCCCAUGCCCACAGAGGAGAAUGUGCAUAUGUUUAAUGAACUGCGCAGUGAUCUGGUCCUGGUGUAUGAGCUUAAGCAAGCCUACAGUAACUGUGAGUACGAACAGCAAAUGUUGCGGCACCGCUAUGAUGCUCUGCUAAAAGCAGGGGGCGCCGUCACGCCACAGAGUGAGACCAGUGGAACUCUGGACAGUCAAUCUUGGCUUGGGACUGAUGACAUCAAAACAGAAGCCAAAGAGCAGAUUAUCGAUGUGGUUGGAGCUCCGCUCACACCAAAUUCACGCAAACGCCGAGAAUCUGCCUCCAGCUCUUCAUCUAUCAAGAAGGUGAAGAAACCAUGACGUGAAUUACUUUUUUAAACUCAGCGGACAUUUUGGAAGAGGAGAGAGUGUUUUGGAUCUCUCUUAAGUGACUGUCUCAGAGGAUGGUUGUGGUUGUAGGUCAUUGUUUGCUUUUUUUGAUGACCGGUCUCUGGCACUGUUAAUGUGUUUGCCACAACGACUUUCCUCCCUGUCCACCACUCCUCAAUCCCACCUGCUUCUCUCCUCCCUUGGUUCUCUAGACCCGACCUACACCAUGACACAGACCACCUUUGACAUCCUAUUUCAUUAUACCACCACCUCUGACCUGACAGACAGCCCCAACCGAGAUGAACAGUAAAUUGUCAGAGAGAGUUAAUCGUCACGUGUAAAGACAGGAGUAAGGAGUAAAAUCUGCUUGCCUGACAUGAACGUAUUCCGGACAGAUGUAUGACACAGUGAACCUGGAUGCUGUUGGGAGAAUUAAUUGAAUGGGUGUUUGCUUUUUUUCUUGGAUGCCUCUUGAAACGAAAGGCUCUGGAAGAAUGUCCAUUUGUACAUUAUUUUGACCUACGAACCUGCCCUUACACAAACCGGAUCUCCUCAAGCUCAUACAAUUCUCUUUUUUUGGGGGUCCUGCCCAUUCACCUCAUCAUCUGUUAAAUGUCCUGUUCAAAGGUUUAAUAAAUGUUGUGUUUUUCAAGUGUGUUUUAUUUUGAAACGCUCAUCAUAUCAAUAAAUUGUGAUGUUAAAAUAUAUUUUAAGAUUAAAAGUUGUUUGAAAUUGAA